AGGGCUUGAAGCACUUACAGAGCGAAGAACUUCCCCAACGGUAUUGGUCCGGUACUGCUUUUUGAGUAGAUACUCUCACAAUGUCGCGUUCAACUACACCGAUCAACAUCAACCCCCAUCUUUUGCCAAUAUCCAGCUGAUCCGCCGCCUACUAUACAAGCAAUAUGCCGCGUCGACUUCCAUGGGCGAAGAAAGACGCAACAGGAGCAAAGGCAACAAUCCCACAUGCAGAUCUUGUAUCGUGCGUAUCUGAUGAUGACGAUGACUUCUUGGAAGAUGUGAUAGCGGCCAGCAGUAGCAAAGGAAAUCGACAAGCCAGCGAGUCAGAUGAUGAUCUCCCCAAUCUGCCAGCAGAACCAUCAACACCAGGCACCAAAUCGAGAACAAAAGAUGCAUGGAGAAAACGACGUGAAGUUUCGUCAUCACCUCCACCUCUGGUGGGAGAUCUCGAGCAACCACGUGUUGAACAUAUGCACGGCGCUAUCUCCAAAUUCGACCUACGCGAUGAUGAAUGGAUGAUGGUUGAAGACGAAUUUCUCGAGACUGCAAAGCUAUUCACUCGACACUUGCACAUUGCAGAAUACGAGAAACUCAAGGAGAUGAUUGAGGAAAAGAAGAAAAGUGCUGAUGUACCAAGACCGGUAGUACCCAACGCGAAGAUGUCUGACAUUGGGGUCAUGAAAGAUAGAGCCAAAGUUCAAGAACAGAAGCAAAAGAGAGCUCUUCAAGACGUUUUUGCGUCUCAAGGCGACGAUGAGGUGCAAGAGCAAAGGUCUUCGCUUUUAACCCAUGCAUUGCACAAUCCAACUACACCGUCAUAUGCCGUCUCCAAAAGAGCUCUAGGAAGCAUAGCGAAGCAGCAAUCAACGGUACGCGCAACAUCAGAUAGCGAUAGCGAAGAUCUUGAUACCCUACGACCCCCAGCAAAGCCACCCCUCAAAGCCAUCACAUCGGCCCCAUCGAAAAUCAGCAGCACCCUAAGUAGACCGACCGGUGCCUCGUGUCCCAGCCUCACUACCAAACCCUCAUCCCUUACCUUCGCUAAGCCUGCACCGCCUCCUACCUUCACUAAACCCGCACCGCCUCCAACCUCAGCAAAACCACGCUCAAGAACCAGCCUCGCAAAGCCCUUCGAUAUGCUCGACGACUGGAUACCAGGCAAAUCGCAACCCCCACCAAAAACUUCACUAGAGCGACCUUCCAUCCAACCAAUUACAUCUUCUACACCGGUUACCAGCAAGCCAUCUCGCUCCUUUGAUUCUGCUGAACCCGUAAAACCCAGCGUGCAUGCACGGUCAGCAAGUUCAUCGGUAGAAACGGGGGCGCAGCAAGUAAGCUCCGAGGGCAGUGCUAGGGGCAAAGAUGUUGCAGAGAGUCUGGUGAAGCGCAAGGCUGAGCGGGAGAAGAAGGAGGGUGAGAAGAAGAAGAGGAGGAUGGUGGAUGUGGAUGAUAUACCCACGUUUUUGUUUUGAGGGCUUGGCCAAGAUUACGGUUUGUUAGCGAUAUGGGCGUUCUUUCUGCCGGAAGAGUAUUAGUUUUCCAGGGCUUGGGAAGUUGUGUUAGAGUGCAUUAACGAAAUGGCAAAAUUAUAGUUGUAAAUCGUUAUUCAGACAUUUCUUCCCUCGUUUCCUUGUAUACUGAGACUAAAUGUAGAUACUUUAGUAUAGCCAGAUUCUAAAUCAUCAUCUACAUUUAAGCACAGUGUCUAUUCAAAAGAGUGGCCAAAGGUUUUCCAAACACACGGCUAACCUUUCCUCCAGCCAAACCCUCCACACACACACACACACACACACACA